AAUCACGUGACCUGUUACGUCACCAUUCUUGCCUAUAUCUACUUCGUUUCAACGACAAUAAACGUUGUUCAUCACCAGACUGCAGGCCUGCUUACAUGGUGGCAGCGGUGCCUAGCUGAAAUGGCCACGCCGCCAGCAAUUUUGCCGUCAACAAUCUUGCCGCCGCCAAAGCCGCUCGACACAUCGGGCAACACCUGGCUUGCAUGGAAAACUUGGAAGAGUGAGUUCACGCUAUUUUUCACUGCUACCCAGUUGACAAAACAAGCGAAAGAAGUGCAAGCAACCACGUUGCUAGUGAUUAUUGGUGAAGAGGCAAGGAAGGUAUACAGCACCUUCACGUUUGAGGCUGAAGAAGACAAAAAUAACAUAGACGUCUUAACUGCCAAGUUUGAAGAGUUCUACAGGCCAGAAACGAAAUUGACCUAUCAUGAAUUUCUAUUUGGGUGCAGAAACCAAAGGGAAGGCGAACCUUUCAAUGAGUGGCUGACGGGGCUACGAAUGUUAGCCACAAACUGUGAAUUUGGGGUAAUGGAAGACCAGAUGCUGCGCAGUCGUAUUAUUCUGGGAAUUCGUGACAAGAACCUGCAGCAGAAACUGAUUGCGAAGAACCCUUCAUUCAAGAAGACUAUCGAUAUCUGUCGCACGCAAAAGCAAGGGAAACAGCAGUUUCGUGAAAUCAGUGAAGCCGUGGAGACAGCGCAGGACACGGCAGUUAACGCAGUUGCAAAGAAAGGGGAUGCCUGCGCCAGGUGCUGCUAUCGCGCACACCACGGCGAAAGAUGCCCCGCCACCGGUGGAACAUGCAAUAAGUGCGGAGGAUUUAACCACUUUGCCCGAGCAUGCAAAUCGGCAACGCCUUCGCAAACCGUUCCUUGCAAGAAGGAAGAACUACGGGAACUCUGCGCAGAAGACGGCAAUUUUUUUCUGCAAACAUUAACGGUGAACCCGGUCAACACAGACCACUGGAGCGCGACGGUGGACAUUGAAGGCCAACCGAUGACUUGCAAAUUAGACACGGGGGCUAAUUGUUGCGUCAUUUCAAGGAGGGACGUUGCAAAGCUACCGGAUCUACCAGAGCAGGCUUGCCUGGUCGCGCUAACAGCAUUUUUUUGGCCACAAGGCAACCGCCCAAGCAAAAGUGCACCUGCGGAUUUCAGCCAAUGA